AUGGCUACCCCAAUCAAAGUUGCUGUUACACAGGCUGAGCCAGUCUACCUCGACCUUGCCUCUUCUAUUAAAAAGGCAAUUGGCCUUAUUGCGGAGGCCACCGGGAACGGCGCAAAACUGAUUGCAUUCUCUGAGUGCUGGCUCCCGGGUUAUCCCGCGUGGAUCUGGGCAAGAUCCGUUGACUUUGAGCUCCAAACUCGAUACAUUUACAAUGCCCUGCCAGUGGACUCGGAGGCCAUGGGCCUGGUCAAGGCUGCCGCCAAAGAGCACUCCAUCGCCGUCGUCCUCGGAUUCGCAGAGCAGAGUCCCUCGCACAGCGUUUACAUCUCCCAGGCAAUCAUCUCUCCUCAAGGGGACCUGUUGAUGCACCGCCGCAAGGUCAAGCCCACACACAUGGAGCGCACCGUCUUCGGUGACGGAACCGGUGCCGACCUCAACAAUGUGGUGGAGGUUGACUUCGGACCCGAGCACGGCAAGAUCAAGGUGGGAUGUCUUGCCUGCUGGGAGCACACGCAGCCUCUUCUCAAGUACAACAGCAUCUCUCAGGGGGAGACGAUUCACAUCUCCAUGUGGCCACCCAUUGAUCCCACAACCGGCGUGAACCACCCUGGUCUUUGGAGUAUGACUGCCGAGGGGAGUCAGAACCUUUCCCAGACUUACGCCAUCGAGAGCACGGCCUAUGUUCUCCACUGCACAUCCGUGUGCACACAGAAGGGUAUUGAGGUCCUCCAAACCCAAAAGGGUCUGGCCUGCUUCCAGCCAGGCGGCGGUCACAGCUGCGUGAUCGGCCCAGAUGGCCGCCGUCUGACUGAGCCUUUGGGAGACGGCAGCCCAGCUACCGAGGGUAUUGUGUACGCCGACCUUGAUCUAACCAAGGUUGUAGCAACGCGGGGAUUCAUUGAUAUUGUUGGGCACUAUAGCCGACCGGAUCUCCUUUGGCUGGGUGUCGAUAGAGAGCCCAAGAAGAAUGUCAUCCAGUCGCGCCCCAAGCCUCAGGAGAAGGAAGAUCGUGAGGAGGUAGCUUAA